CCCCCGCGCGGGGCGGCCCAGGCGCUUGGAACGCAGACGUCAGCGGGAGACCGAUUGUCCGGGGAAGUCAAAUGCCCGCGCGACCAGGGGCAGGGCCGGAGAGGACAGGGGCUGCCUCUCGAGGCGCGCGCUAGCGGGCUGGCUGGCCGGGCCGGCCGGGCGCAGGGCCCACGGAGCCAUCCGUAUACCGCUGAGGGACGGCUAGACAGACGCAUGCUCCUCCCUUUGACCCGGAGCGCGAGCCUGGGCCGGGUGGGGUGGCGCGCGGCGGGAACGCGCGGCGGGAACGCGCCGCUCCCGCAGUUUUAACUUCAUCUUCCCGGCUCGCGAGUUUGGUGACCUUUGGACCGGGAAAGGCGGGACUUCUCCUUAAAGAUCCCACACCCUCACCUCCUCCAUCCCGUCAUCCUCGAUCUCUGGAGCCCCGAGCUCCACAGCGCGACUCUUUGCCCUACUCUGGUCGCAGCUGCCGCCGCCUGAGCUGAACAAACUGAUGCCUCUGCUCUCCAGGAGCCCUCCAUCGGCCAGUCCCACGGGAAGCAUGUUGCCCAACACCGGAAAAUUAAAUGGAUGUACUCUCUUUAUCACGGGUGCAAGCCGAGGCAUUGGCAAAGCAAUUGCAUUGAAAGCUGCAAAAGAUGGGGCAAAUAUUGUUAUUGCUGCAAAGACCACACAGGUCCAUCCCAAACUUCCAGGCACCAUCUAUACUGCUGCUGAAGAAAUUGAAGCUGUUGGAGGAAAGGCCUUACCAUGUGUUGUUGAUGUGAGAGAUGAACAGCAAAUCAAUGAUGCAGUAGAGAAAGCCGUGCAGAAGUUUGGAGGAAUUGACAUUUUGGUAAACAAUGCUAGUGCCAUCAGCUUGACCAACACACUGGAAACACCUACAAAGAAAGUAGAUUUGAUGAUGAGCGUCAACACCAGAGGAACCUAUCUUACAUCAAAAGCAUGCAUUCCUUAUUUGAAAAAGAGUAAAAUUGGUCACAUCCUAAAUCUCAGCCCACCAUUAAACCUGAAUCCAAUCUGGUUCAAACAACAUUGUGCUUAUACCAUUGCUAAAUAUGGGAUGUCUAUGUGUGUACUUGGAAUGGCAGAAGAAUUUAAAGGAGAAAUUGCUGUCAACGCUUUGUGGCCUAAAACAGCUAUACAUACUGCUGCUAUGGAUAUGCUAGGAGGAUCCGGUGUUGAAAGCCAAUGCAGAAAAGCUGACAUCAUUGCUGAUGCUGCCUAUUCCAUAUUCAGUAAACCAAAAAGUUUCACAGGCAAUUUUAUUAUUGAUGAAAAUCUGUUAAAGGAAGAAGGAAUUAAAAAUUUUGAUGUCUAUGCAGUUAAACCAGGCCACCCUUUAAUACCAGAUUUCUUUGUGGAUGAAAACCCUGAAAUGGUUACCAAAGAAGUGGAAAAACAACAAGUUAAAACCUGGACAUGUGGUAUUCAGAAGGAUAAAGUUCUUUCAACUAACCAGUUACCAAGUAAACGUUCAGAUGCAGCUCCACCAGCAAAAGAUUGGAAACAGUUUCCACAACAACCACAAUUAGCUGCUGGAGCAGUUGAAGAAACAUUUAAAAUUCUUAAGGCAGUUCUCAGUCAAGAUAUGGUGAAAGCUACUCAGGCAAUUUAUCUGUUGGAACUCUCUGGUGAAGAUGGUGGAACUUGGUACCUUGAUCUUAAAAACAAUGGUGGGAAUGCCGGAUCUGGACAGCCUAGUGAACCGGUAGAUGUGGUAAUGACCAUGACCACUAGUGAUUUUGUGAAAAUGUUUUCGGGAAAACUAAAGCCAACAAUGGCGUUCAUGUCAGGAAAGUUGAAGAUUAAAGGUAACAUGGCUCUAGCCAUCAAGUUGGAAAAGUUGAUGAAUCAGAUGAACUCCAAACUAUAAUCAGAAUGGGGUUCUUGUUCCAUAUGUAGACGAUUUGGCCUUAAAGAGUAAAAACUUCAUUGUUUCAAAUCCUACUGUUCACUUUGUUUUGUCUGUCUGUAUCAUGAAGAAACAUGUUUGUCUUAGAAUUUGACUUCUAUGUCUAUAUCACUUGAUAAGGGAAACAGAGAGCUAAUAUAGUUCUAGCUUAGUUAAGUGGAACCAUAGAGUACUAUUCUUUCUUACAGAUUCCUAGCAAAGAAAUACUGAAUCUACCAAACCAGCUGUCUGAAUUUUCAUUUGUCACCAAAUUUUGCUUUUUAUUACCAAGUAAAGGCCAAAGAAGUUCUCUUUGUCAGGAUUAGGUGUUUUCCAGUGGAUAAAAUCAUAUUUAAUCCUUAAGGGUCAGAAGUCAAAAUAAGAUAUCUUUAUAAUUUUAUUCCAGAUACUAUAAGCAAGCUACUUCAUUUGAAAAUUGAGGGGUUUUGAAAACCUAGGAUUAAUGAAAAUCUUUGCUGAUACUUUAGAUUUUUUAAUAGCUAUAUUUCAAGUAAUGUUAACAUCUAAUUCGUAAUGAGUAAUGUUAACAUCUAAAGAAAUUUUAAAUGUGCUAGUUUUUUGUUGUUGGUUAUUUUUGACUUUUGUCUGGCGCAAAACAUCUACCAGAAAACAAUUUAGAUGUAAAGCAACUAAUUGUAAUAUAAGUUCUGCUCAUUAUUAUGUAUAAAUGCUCUGAAAUAAACUAACUUUC